AUGCUAUUCCAUGAGACUCGUGUGAAGGCAAGAGCAGACCGGCUGAAAUAUCGAUUGAGGAAGGAAGAGAAAUUUCUCGUAGUACUAGACGACGUUUGGAAGAAGCUAGACCUUGUAGAUGUUGGAAUAGCUUUUGAAGAUGAUCAAAAGGGAUGCAUGAUACUCAGCACGUCUAGAUUUCAAGAUGUGUUAGGUAAUCAUAUGAGUUUGCAGAAGAAUUUCCCAGUUGAACUUCUAUCAAAAGACGAAGCAUGGGACUGGUUUAGUAAGAUAGUGGAAGAUGAUUCAACCAUGAACUCUGAAACCCAAUUGUUGGCAAAUCAAAUUGCUGAAGAAUGUGGUUGCCUACCAACUGCCAUUCUAACAGUUGAACGUGCAUUGAAAAAUAAAAGCUUGUCAUCUUGGAAGGAUGCCUUGAGACAACUCUAG